CAUCCCCGUGCUUCAGAUCGGCCCUGUCCGUGGAACUAACGGGAUUAAAAUCACUGAGAUACCAGGAGGAGUUGCCUGUUUUGGUGCUCAUUACCGAAGCUGGGCCCACAGAAGCUGUCCUUUGCAUACUGCAUUUCCAUCUGCCAGUUCACGGCCGGAGAUAUUUCCAUCUACGCUGUAAUCCCACGUAUGCUCCUGUUUAUCAUGCCUGGGUACUGACAGGCUGCGGGACACAAUGAGGACUGGUCUCCGUGUCAUCGCGCAGCCUGGAGCUGUCUGGCCUCAGCACGUUAGCAAGCUAACCAAUUUUUUCUAAGCAGAAGCCCUGCAUUGCUUCGACAUGCUAAAGGAUUUCAUGAACAACACACGGGAGGUUUCCUCCGACUUGACUGGAAUACUGCGCACGGAAGUGCAGCGAGGAAUCGUCAAGGUUUCCGACGACCGCAAGAAGCCGAGGAUCCACAGGGCGUCUGUUGCUGUCUGACAGCCCCGACCAAACAUGGCUUUACGGCUGCUUUUACAGGAUAUUACUGCCUCAGAUUUCUAACAUAUAAACAGGAGAUACGAGUUGACAGCAUAUGCAUCAUAAAGUGUUUGAAUGGCGGCGUACACACUGUGUGCUGUGAAUGGGACUAGGCGCUUACUGGCCACCGGCACAGGUUGUGUGAAAAGCACCGAGAUAUGACAUGCACAAGAAAAAAGAGGAAAGCUGCUUUUGCUUCUUUAAACCUUUUGAUUUUUAAAGGUAGUGUGCAAUACAGAUUUGGUCCACCGGCAACGUUACCUAUGCUUCUGUUUUUAGGCUAGAAGCCAGGUGCAUCACCGUAUUUCAUGUAGACUGCAACAGACGUUGGACAAGCAACCCACGGCAGGACCCCUGUGAGGAUUAAGAGGCAAGAGGAGAGGUCACAACAACGAAGGGACUUUGCUCGAAAUGGAGCAAUGUGUCUUGAGGUGUUUCUGUUCAGUGUAAACUACAAAAAGGAAGCAACCACGAGUACGGAGGAACAAUCGGCAGACGAGGGAGGUGGUGGUGGAGUGGUGACUUUGUUGUCUAAAAAAAAGGUGUUAUGGGUGGGGGGGCAUUUGGGAUGGCAAAUGGAAAUGAGAGCAGUGAAGGGCCUGUGGGGCCAAUGGCAGCAGUGGUGGCUACUGCAGAAGGCAUGGUAGCAGACAGUUCAUCCUCCGUUAUCUCUACAUAUAUUAAACUGGUGCUACUUGGGCUGAUCAUAUGCAUUAGUCUGGUGGGGAACUUGGUGGUUUCUCUGCUUGUACUCCGGGACCAGGCUCUGCAUAAGGCACCUUACUAUUUCCUCCUGGAUCUGUGCCUGGCAGAUAGCAUUCGCUCAGCUAUCUGCUUCCCCUUUGUGCUGGUGUCUAUAAAAAAUGGCUCAGCGUGGACCUACAGCGUGCUGAGCUGCAAGGUGGUAGCCUUCAUGGCAGUGCUCUUCUGCUUCCAUGCUGCCUUCAUGCUCUUCUGCAUCAGUGUAACACGCUACAUGGCCAUUGCACACCACCGGUUUUACUCGAAGCGCAUGACGUUCUGGACAUGUGUGGCGGUAGUGUGCAUGGUAUGGACGCUAUCUGUGGCAAUGGCAUUCCCGCCUGUUUUUGAUGUGGGCACCUAUAAAUUCAUUCGGGAGGAGGACCAGUGCAUUUUUGAGCAUCGCUACUUCAAGGCUAAUGACACGCUGGGCUUCAUGCUAAUGCUUGCUGUACUCAUUCUAGCCACACAUGUCGUCUACAUGAAGUUACUUCUCUUUGAGUACAAGCACCGCAAGAUGAAGCCAGUCCAGAUGGUGCCAGCUAUCAGUCAGAAUUGGACCUUUCAUGGGCCAGGAGCUACAGGCCAAGCAGCUGCUAACUGGAUUGCGGGUUUCGGUAGGGGCCCGAUGCCACCCACUCUGCUGGGAAUACGGCAAAACUUGCACAACCAGAACCGGCGACUCUUAGGCAUGGAGGAGUUUAAAGCGGAGAAGCAGCUUGGCAGGAUGUUCUAUGUGAUCACAUUACUGUUCCUGGUGCUCUGGUCUCCCUACAUAGUAGCUUGCUACUGGAGGGUGUUUGUCAAGGCUUGCACAAUACCACACCGGUACCUCUCCACCACUGUGUGGAUGAGUUUUGCCCAAGCGGGAGUCAAUCCUAUCGUCUGCUUCUUCCUUAAUAAAGACUUGAAGAAAGGGCUCCUUUCCCACCUUCCAGCCUGCUGCAGGACUAAACCUCAUCUGCCACGAGAGCCUUACUGUGUCAUGUAACUAGAGAUGAUGAAGGAAAAAAAAACAAUGGGCAGCCUACAGAUGUAUUGUAUAUUGUGCUUGAGUUAUUGUGGCAUUUGAUGCAAUGGAAGGUAUUAUUAAGCAGUGAGUGGCAGCUUGUGAGUGUAGUGUUAAAACACUGGAAUGGUAAGCAUGUAUUUCCAUCUGUCAACCAAUUUUCACUCUAAAUUCAACUGCAUACAUGAGGUCAGAUCUUGACUUUCGAUAACAGGAGAAACAUACAUGUAAAUAAUAUGCAGUCACUGGGAAAACCAAGACAGACAAAUAAACUAAGCUUAAGAUUUUUAAAAAAUGCCAUUUAGAAAAGUCUUGAAUACAAAGGAUGUUGGGCUUGUGACAAACAGAAUCCCAAAGGACGUAAUAAACCCGCUUUUAGUCGGAAUCUUAAUGUCAUCAUCAUACUGGAAUAACUGAUGAUUGUCCAGCAGCAGUGGCUGAUGAGAGUAAAAAAGUGCUCAGCUAGAUUCAAACCAGCAUUCGUGUUGACUCACCAGUUUUAUUAGAAUGUCAGUUUUAGUUCACAACAACAUAAAGUUUCCAGAAAUACAAACGUUAGUUCCAGAAAAGAUGUGGAAGGUUGUUUAAUGCAUUUAGCUGGUGUUUACAUUGUCGCUGAGUCAUAUUAAUCAAGUAUCAACAGGUCAUUUAUGAUCAAAUGGAGGUACAGUGGACCCCAUAAACACCUUUUAGUGCUCCUGUAGUGGUACGGUACAUGGCACAGUUCACAACUGAAACAUUUUAGAUUGACUUAAAAACAUGAAUAAAUAACAAACUGAGACUGGAGAAACCAAGAAUUGUUAUCCAAUCCUCACAACAAAAUGCCGUCACAUUAUAGGGUGUCGAUGUGUUUUCAAGUUUCAGUUUUGUGAUUUAACCAUCAGUGAGAACGCAUAAAGAUGACGAGGGUGUGCUGUUGAACACAGAUUUUAGCAGGAUUUGUAAAAGUCAGAAUAAAGGGAGCUGCAGAAACAUGCUAACAGACUAAAAACCAAAGUAAAACAGGCGCUGCAGAGUAAAUGUACCGUAAAGAAUUGAUGCAGAAUCUCAAAGCAGUCAGAAGGAUUUUCUUUCCUCAAACACACUGUUUGUUUGCUAGUCACUAAAGCAAACCUUCAAUCUGUGUUGCCUAAAACAUAUUCUCGUUGUUGCUCAUUAGCUCAACAGAAAAUGUGCAGUAGGGGAUGCUUUUCAAGCUUUAAACAUUUGCAGAUAGAACAAUUAUUUGUUUUUUCAUGUUUUGUUUUUUCCUAAGGACAAAUCUGAAGUUACAUCUGCAUCUGUUACUUGAGCAGCUUCACCUUCAUUUUAAAGCAGAAAGACGAUUAGCUUUACCAGGCAUAGUAACCCAGGAUUUUUAACCCUCAAGCGACCAAGCUAUUUCAGUUGGUAUUCUAAUGACCGAGUGUGCUAUCAGGAAUACUUUUUUAUGAUUUUGUUUGUGUAUUUCACACUAAUACUGUUUCCUUUAUCCAUGUUAGAUAUUCUGAAAUGCUCUAUUGUUAUCAAGUAUUGUUUUCAACCAUUUUUAUGCAAAAAAGAUUUAAAAUACAUGUUGUACAAACAAAAUGACAUUUAAACAGUCCUUGUCUGUUAUUUCUUAAAAUACAUACAUGAAAAAAAAUUUUGGUUUCAGUGAUGUUAGAAAAAUAAUAAUAAUAUGGAAGUGAAGGAUGUUUAAGCUAUAUGAACUAUGUGAAUGAUGUUUUACAAUAUAGUAAAAUAAUUUCAACGCCAUAAUUCUUGUGAUCAGUGACAAAUUACAGUGCAGAAGUUGGCAUAAGGAUAUCUAUUUAUUGUUUCAUUUUAGUUUGAGACAAAAUGUGGGGGAUUCUUUAUGAUCUGAAUUAUUAGCUCAUCUGGAUAAGUGUCUGCUGUUAGUAGCCAAUUUAUUGCUCCUAGGUGGGUCUGUCCUGAGAGUACACGCUGGAUGGAUCUAACCACUUUAGCCUAGUGGCCAGCGUUUCGAGCCGUUGUUUGGUAGUUUCCAGAGGCUCAAUUAUGGACAGAUUUUUUUUUACUUCUUAUCCAUUCAGGACGUCUCUCUCAUGACACCCUUCUGCACCUCUGUUGACCAACUUAUUGAUGCGCUCAUUUCUAAUCCUGUCCACCCUGCUCACUCUCAGUGAAGAUCUGAAUAUAUUCAACUCUGCCACCUCCAGCUCAGUGCCUCUGUCUCCAAACCACCACAGCAGGCCUCAACAGCAUCUUGUAAACUUUCCUUUCACUCUUGCUCCUAUCUUAUGUCACAAAUAACCCCUGACACUCAUCUUGGAACAUCCUGCCUGCAUUCUCUUCUUCACCUCUCUUUUGCACUCUCUGUUGCUUUGGAUGGUUGAUGCUAGAAAAUAAACUCAUCUACCUUAACUACCUCUGCUCUUGUUCACCUUCCCACCCGUCUCACUUUCGUUCCUCAUACCUGCUCCCCACUGUCACUACAGAUCAGCGUUAUCUGCAAAUAUCAUACUUCACACAGAUUCCUGCCUGAGCUCAGCUGUCAGCCUGUCCAUCACCACUGCAAACAGGAAGGGGCUCAGUGCAGAUCCCUGAUGUAAUCCCAGCCCCACCUUUAUCUGUCACUCCUACUGCACACCUCACCACUAUCUCACUGUCCCCAUUUCCUGCACUACCCUCACAUACUUGUCUACUACUCCUGAUUUCCUCACGCAGUACCACAGUUCUGCUUUUGGUACCCCAUCAUCUGCUUUCUCUGAACAACAAAGACACUCCGAAGCUCCUUCUGACCUUCUCAUGUUUAACUUCUCCAUCAACACUCACAUUGCAUCUGUAGUGCUCUUUCUCAGCAUGAAGCCAUACUGCUGUUUGCUGAUUGUCACCUCCAGCAGCUCUGUCCUAAAUCAUCAUGGUAUGGCCCAAAAGCUCGGUCUCUCUGUAAUUACUAUGGCUCUGCACUUCACUCUUGUUCUUGAAAAUCACUACCAGUACUCUUCUUCACUCUUCUCUCACUUCUUUCCUCCUCUCUGAGAUUCUUUAUUCAUCAGCUCCUCAAAGUACUCCUUCCAUCUUUUCAGCUGACUCUUUUCACUCAUUUCGUCAUUCCUGUGUUGUGUUCCUCACAUACAACUCACUAUAAACCUUUUUCUUUGCUUUUGCUCUCUCUUUAUCGUAUGCCUAGGCUCCAAUACUCCUGUCUAGUUUUUAAAUCUCCCUGACUAUCACACUUUUUAUUUGCCAACUUCUUCCUUUGAAUAAUUUACUGUACUUGCUCUUUGCAUCACCAAGUCUCCCUGUCCUCUUUCCUCUGUCCAGAGGUUCCAUCAAACACCUCUGCAGUUUCCCUCACCACUUCAGUUGUACUUUUGUAGUUAUCACCAUUCCACCUGAUCUUCUGCACACACAAUAUAUCUACCUUCCUUCUCUUCAUCAUAUCAGCCAACUCUCUCCCAUUACCAGUUCUAUUCCCUACAUUUAGAGUAACAAUAAUACAUUUUAUUCAUAGGCUCUUGUCAAGACAUUCAUUGAGACCUUAUAAACCAUUAAAUACCAAAGUCACAGUAGAGUCCCUACUCUCUCCACAUUCCUGCCUAUUCUUCUUUCCUGCUGCUUCCUAACCUAUCCCCUCUCCUCUUCCUUUGCCUUCAGCUAACAGUUUCCACUGGCACUACUUGUUACUUCAUAUCAUUAUAUUCAUUUUGACAGUUACUUUUAAUUUUCACAGAACUGCAUACAGUCCUGUAAAGGUUUUGGUUACACACACAAACACGCUACCGGUUUAAAGUUGUAGAACACCCUAGUUUUUCCAGGUUUUUAUUGAAAAUUUUGCGGUUUAAUGUCUUAUUGCACACUGAAAUGAAAUGAAUGUAAUAACAAAAUCAAUUUAUAGACCAAAAUGUAUUCUAAACUUUUGACUCAUCAAAGUAGCACCUGAUAUAACAGCUGAACACAGUCGUGGCUUCUUUCUACAAUAGAAAUCGAAUAUUCUCCCAUAUCUGUAGCAGAAGUUCCCAUAAAUGUGGACCUUGUAGGUUGCUUUGCUUUCACUCUUCUGUCCAGUUCACCCAAAACCAGCUCGAUGGAGUUUAAGUCUGGAGACUGUGCUGGACACUCCAUGUUUUCAAGCUCACCAUCUUGUUCUUUGUUCCUGAGGUAGUUCUGGCAUAGUUUGGACAAUAUGUUUUGGGUCAUUAUCUUGCUGUAGGAUGAAUCCCUGACCAACUAGGUGCAUACCAGAGGGUCCUGCAUGGUGCUUCAGAAUGCUGUGGUUUUGGUUCAGGGAGCCUCUCACUCUUUACAAGUCACCGACCCUGGAUCCAGCAAAACAGCCCCAGACCAUCACACUUCCUCGUCCAUGUUUAACGGUUGAUACCACACACUGUGGAACCAUCCUUUACCUACAUGACGGUGUACAAAGAUCCUGUGUGAUGAACCAAAGGUUUCAAAUGUUGAUCCAUCAGUCCAUAAUACCUUCUUCCAGUCUUCAGUAGUCCAAUGGUGGUGUUUCAUGUCCCAGCCAAGCCUCUUUGUCUUAUUCUGACGUCUGGCUUUCUUGCUGCAACUCGUCCUGUCAAACCUGCAGCUCAAAGUCUUCUCUUCACAGUUGAAACUGAGUCUUUCUUACUAAUACCACUGUUAAGCUGUGCAUGAAGCUGUUGUCCUGUCAGCCGCCUAUCACACAGCUGUUAACUCUCAGAAACUUGUCCUCUGAUUCAGUCGUGUCUUUGGGUCCUCAGACCUCUUCC